AUGUCAUUGACCUCGACUACGAACGUAAUUCUGUCAAAUAUUGUGAGUUCCGCGCUGAAACAUUAUAACUGGACUGAAUUAGAACAAAAAACAAAAACUCAAAAACCGAUUCAUAUUAAACGUCCAAUGAAUGCUUUUAUGGUCUGGGCUCAGGCAGCACGAAAGAAUAUGACAAAUAACUUGACUACUGUUAACAAUGCACAAUUGAGUAAAACAUUGGGAAAAUUAUGGAAAACGCUACCACCUGAACAACGAAAACCUUUUGUUGAAGAAGCGGAGCGUAUACGUGAACAACAUAAAAAAGACUAUCCAGAUUACAAGUAUCAACCAAAACGAAAAGUAAAAGAUUCAUCAAAAGUUACCUCGUUAUCUCGUUAUCAUCCGUAUAGUUCAAUAACUUUAUCGUCAUCGAUUAAUGAUAGUCUUCAAAGUACUAGUUCACCAAAUUCAUCUAUCCAUUCAAAUUUAUCACCGCAGUUAUUGGUAGAUGAAUUUGAUUCCGAAUAUAAAGAAAAUUUGUGUUUUCGAUCAUAUCCAUCAACUGAAACACCAAUAGACACAAGUAUUCAUCCAUCAUUACCGUUAGGAAUUGAUGAUAAACAGUUAACACCAAAUGAUUUUGACUCAUUUAAUUAUUCAGGUGAGUUUAUUGGAAUUUGA